AUGGCUGCCAAUGCUAUCCUCUAUGUUCAAAGUGGUGAUGAUAUUCGAAUGUCAAUGAGCCAUCUGCUUGACUGCCUGUCACUGCUUCGGAAAUAUGCCCUAAAUUUUCUGAAGCCUGUAGAGGACCGUCCACCUGAUUGGAAGAUUAUAACUCACUCCAUCCUGGCAAGCCAAAGAGUUCAGUGGGUAAAUGGAGCAAGAGAUAUACUAAAACAGCUUGGUUAUGUGGAUGGAACGGACUGCCUUUUCUGGUGUGCUGCAUCACAAGGAUCUCAUGAACACUCUGAGGGGGCAGCGGUGUUGGCAGCUGACAUCAGUAUGGCAAUCAUAGAGCUGAAGUCCUAUCUGACAGACACGCACCCUCAUCCUCAUAGAGUUAAAGGAAUAUUUGAUUCUGUCAGGCAAGUUGGACGACAUUCUGCAAAAGGAUUUCCAACAACGAUGGAUAGGAUGUGCAUCGUGUGCGGCAGCCGGCCAGCCGCGCUCGUAUGCAGCAUGUGCGACGGAGGCGUUUUCUGUUCCGACUGCGACUCCAUCUGGCACACGAGAAACCCCAAGCGCCUCCCGCACAUCCGCGACCGUCUGAACCGUGGCGAUGCAGUCGGCAGCGCGGUUUCGUCGGACCCCGUCGGAGGCGGUGUGCUCGUUCCCGCUCUCGCUUCGUUGCGACGCCGCGGUGAGUGCGAGGCGCCGCACGGUGAGGACUCGUCCGUCGCGCCGCGCGGCCGCAACGACCCGGACGUCGAUGUGGACGGCGGCGUGGAGAGCAGCCGGAUGAGCGUGGCGAACCAGACGGCACAGGUUGCCUCGCUGGCGGAAAACUGCAGCUGGAGCUUCAACGAAUCGAUCCCGGUGGUCGCGCAAGACAUGUUUGCGGCCGCCGGAAACGCCGCCGAAAAGUACUCGGUUGCGGAAACCGGCUGCGAAGAGUAUCGGCCCUCGCUGUCCGAGUCCGAACUGUGCAGCGUGCCAGCGCCAUCUUGUGUGGGCGACAGGCAGUUAAGUAACUACGAUGAUGACUUCAGCUAUUCUUGGCACACCAGUGGGCAGACAGACGAGUAUUUGCCGGUGUUGCUGGAUCGAAGCAAAGAUUCCGAGGGCGAGCACUGCAGAGAGAGUACCAACAGUGGAUCAGACAGCUACGGAGUUAGCAUGUUUAGUGAUAAGGAGUAUGUCAGCAACAGUUGCAAGCUUUCAUCGAGCCUGGAGCGCUGCAGUUUAUCCUCUCAUUCAAAUUCCGGCCAGUUAAAACGGUCGACAUGUUUCCCAGGUUCGGAGGCAAAGCAAAAUAGUGGCAAAGUUGACGUUGCAAAAGAAGAAGCUUCUAUGAGCAGCAGACUUAAGAAUAUGUUUCAGUCAGACCUAUCUCCCUCUGAUGAAAAAAACAAUAUGAAGGCAAUGCUGCAAUGGCUGAAUAGCCGUGUAUCCAUUUUGGAUGAUCUGCUAGCCGCUUUGGAUUCACAACUUCGUAAUGCAAACUCUAGUUUUUUAAGUCAGCAGGUCUUAUUAGAACGAGAUAGGUUGCAUGCUGAGAGGAGCCAAAUAUGUGAGGAUAGAGAGAAUAUUUAUAGCUAUUUAAGUCGUGCAACUAUCUUUGAAUCAGCAGAAUCUUCAGGCACUGGACAUGCAAUAAACAUUUCUAGCGCAGCUAGACCAGAGCUGUCAACACAUCAGUCCAGCUUGUCACAAGCCUCGCACGAAAAACUUUUCGAUUCAAAUAGUUUCUGUAAUGUAGAAGACCUCUAUUCUGCCUGCAGUGAAAUCACAGAUCAAGAGGGAGUACUUUCCAAUCGAAAUCAGAGGCUAUGCACGAACUACCAACGAACUAGUCCAACGAAUAUUAGAGACGUCGCAUGUGGUUUUUCUCUUGGGACAGCGGAAACGACCCUCAGUUGCCAAUUGGAUGCACAGAAGUUUAGCAACGACAGUGGUAGUUUUGCACACACUGAUGUCAAAUGCUUUCCACACGACAAUUUAUAUGGAGUGUGGGAUAAAGGUGCAGUCGCUCAACAGAAGAAUAGCUUGGACUUUCCUAGGAUGCCUGGAGAUGGUGAUACGUUUCCUCCGCCACCGAAAUGCCACAAUGAAACCACAGGGCAGCCUGUCCUAUUGAAAACUAACCAACAAAAUCAAUUAAAGGUUGUUGGCCAGGAGGAGGCACAGCCUGUCCCGAGUGACAGCACUGUAUCAAAACACGUAGCUGCUGUGCCCUCUCUGAUGAGCAUGGCAAAGUCGGAAGCAGAGGAAUUAAAGCUGGAUUUGUCUGCAACUGCAAGCAACGGUAAUGUUCCGCUGGAAGAGUAUGCAUCGUACAAGGAUCCCUCAGCCAUUACGAGUGCAAACUCAGAUGGUUUCGAAACUAAAAGUAAAACUACGGGAGUCGUAUCGUCGGCUGAGUCUGACGAGAAAGAUCCUUCAUCAACCGUCUCUGUGAACUUUGUUUACAGUGAAGUCACACAGACAUGCUCAGAUGCGCUAGUUGAAGCCACGCCAAAAGAUGCUGCAGAAUUUCCUCCUUCAAAACAUGGGCAAGAUGCCAGCAAGCUCACACAUACACGUCCUUUGGAAGGAGAGGCGAGCAGAAUCGAGUCAUACAACAGCAGCCUCAGCGGGCAAUGCAGCACCGGUGCUGCAGCGUCGAUGCAUAGCGCAGCCGAGUUGCAGUUGUCCUCUUUCUCUCUGCCAAGUAUUGGGUUGACGUCCAUUUCAUCAUUGUCAACGACCGAGCCAUCUACAACUUGUAGCACAUUCACCCCGCAGUCCAACUCUACAGUAUCAACAUUAGACUUGGAAGCUAUCAUGAGCCCAGGGUCGUGUGAGCAGGGCAGCCGGCUAGAGAAGCUGAUCCGCGCAAAGAGACGUGAGGAAGCCAGAUGUGAGCAGCUUCGCAUGCUGCGACUACUGAGGGUUAGGGGGGCCGAGUGUUACGGAGAGUAUUGUGCGCGGCGUCGGUCGAGCCUGUUUGGGACUCCGCAGGGCGCUACGCGUGGCUGCGGGACGACUGGCCGCUGCUCUGCGUCGCAGGCGACGCGCGGCCUGCGUGGAGAAGCUGGAGAAAUAAACGAGAUCAAGGACGACUUGGGGGAGUUCACGACACAUGCCAGCAUCACGCAUGCACUGUUUGAGACACACGGCGACACAGCAGAAGCCGUGCAUCAUCUGAACCGCGGCGUCCUACAGCCCUACCUGGAGAAAGUGAAAAGGCAAGAGCUGCAGUGUAUCCAGCUGAGGAAUGCCGAUCUGCCAUUGAGUGAUGUAGAGGUAUUGAUGAAUAUUUUAAUUGUUUAG